AUGCCCCCAAAAAAACUUCAAGUCGGUGCCGCUGGCCUCGGCCGCAUGGGCAAACGGCAUGCAUUGAACUUCCUGAACCGCGCACCCCGCGCUGAGCUCGUCGCUGCGUUCUCGCCUGACCCUGAGGAGAUCCAGUGGGCGAAGCAGCAUCUCGAGCCGUACGGCGUGACUCUGUACACCAAGUACGAGGAUAUGAUCAACCAUCCAGGAUUGAAAGCUGUGGUCAUUGGGACCGCUACAUCCGUCCAUGCCGAAGAGGCAAUCCAGGCAAUUGAGAAGGACCUCCAUGUUCUUUGCGAGAAGCCGUUGAGUAUCAGCGUUGACAUCUGCAACCAAGUCGUAACCGCCGCCCGAAAACGCCCACACCUCAAAGUGAUGUGCGGGUUCUCCCGCCGCUUCGACGACUCGUACCGAUCUGCCUACAAGAAGGUCGAAAACGGGCUCAUCGGGCGGCCCGCAAUCCUGCGCUCCCAAACCUGCGACAAGCACGACCCGUCCGGCUUCUACGUCGAAUACGCCUCCUGGUCCGGCGGCGUCUUCGUCGACAUGGCCGUCCACGACAUCGACCUAACGCUGUGGUUCUUCGGGUCGGACAUCAUGCCCAAGAGUAUAUCCGCGUACGGAAUUCGGGCGGUUACACCCGAUCUAAAGAAGUACAACGACUUCGACAACGCCGUCGGAAUCGUGGAGUUCCACGGCGGGAAGAUCGCGUAUUACUACUGUUCGCGGAUGAUGGCGCACGGGCAGGAGGACGUGACCGAGAUCAUUGGGACGGAGGGGAAACUGUCUGUGAACUUGAACCCGGCGUCUGAUCUGGUGAAUUUUUACCAUGCCGGUGGGAUCACGAGGGAGGUUCCGGGGACGUACUGGGGGCGCUUUGAGAUGGCGUUUGUGAGGGAGACGAAUGAGUUUGUUGAUGCUUGUUUGGAUGAUAUGCCGGUGCCGAUGAAGCUUGGGAAUGCGGUUAAGGCGGUGCAGAUUGGGGCGUGGUUGCAGGAGGCGCUGGUUUCGGGACGCCAGUUGCGUUUUGAUGAGACGGGGAGGAGGGUGGAGGGGGCGAAGAUGUAG